CGAAAAAUGUAAACAACCAAACAAAUGGACAGUGAACGGUUUUCCAUUGUCAUGGACACCUCCAAUCCAUGGAGUGGUGUCGAUAGUUCACUUGUCCCUUUAAGGAAUGCGUUGAUACUCGGAGAAAGAACUGGACACAUCAACAAGAGAAGUGAUUAUGAUGUGGAAAAGCUUCAGGAUGAAGUACAAGAAAAGAUGCCAUCUUGUCGACUUAUCAAGUUACUAAGGGAGACUACGGCUGCAAAGAAGGAAAUUAACAAGAUUCAUUUAGAGAUACAACAACGAAUGCAAGACAAGGAAACACAGGAUAUAACACAUUUUAGCAGCCUGGAGGACAAGAUAAAAGUAAUCAAAGGCUUAAACUCACACAUUGAGUCUAUCAUCGAGUGUAAAUCUCAGUUGUUGGUGAGACUGCAGCAGCCAUUUGUUGGUGACUUCAUUAAACUGGAAGCCCAAUACCACAAGUUUGCUGCAGCAUUGUUCCCUCAGAUAGCUCCUUUGUUGGCAGACCUCAACACACACCUGGAGAACAUCUCCUGGACAAAAACACUCACAUUUUCAGAUGGAAAAUUGGAGACCAUGCUGUCUGAGCUGAACAGUGUCCUGGCCUCGCUGCAGACCAACUUCCAGUCCUUGUGUCAGAUGAGGGGCAGCAUGGGAGCUUUGUACCAGCAUGACUCUCAGACAGUACAUCAUUAAUUUAUCUUCACUCCCACAAAGUAGUCAUCCAGUAUGAUUAUUAUAUAGUUCAGUUGUAAUUCUGUGCACCAGUAUGCUUAUAAUUACCCCUGGGUAAUGUAGGAAAUAUUCACAAAGAUGCCCAGAUAGUAAAGCAGUAUGAUUUCCAGGUAAUGUGGCGAGACUUUGAUUUCCAUGCAGUGCAGCUCUGAGGCAAUACAGCAGGGCUUCCAUAUAGUGCAGCAGUAGUUCAACAAGAACAUAUCCUCAUAUUGUUAAUUCCUGUGGAUGUCUGACAAUGAGACUGACUGGUAAAUCAUUAGAACACAUAGUAGGGAGUUGGAUACCAACGAAGGACUAGAGUAUUCAUUUAUAGAAGGAAAAUUUCAGUGCAGAGGAGGUGGUUACUCAGUAUAAACAGAAUUUCAGUUUUGAACACGCAUUGUGAUGCUGUUCACAGAGCAUAACAUCAGUGCAAAUGAGCAGAAUUGAGGAAGUAGCAGUGCUGCCUUUAUUUCCAGUAAGAGUAUAGAUUCAGUAUAAAGGAGCAUAAUUUCAGUGAAAAGGGGAAGGAGUAGUGAUGCUGAGUGUAACUGCAAUAUAGAGGAGCAGAUUGUCAGUGUAGACAAUGGAAAGUAGAGACAAAGGACUGUAGGUUUAGUAUAACACACAGACUUUUAUUGUAGAAAGGCCAGGGUAGUAGUGUUGUUUAACGGGGAGGCUAAAAGGAGCUGAAUUAUAGUGAAGAUAGCAUGAAGUUUUAUAAAGAGGCUUUGCAUUGAAAAUGAUCUUAGUUUCAAGAGAAUCUAAUAUACUAAUUCUCUUCAUUAUGUUUUACGAUGUAUAGUUUUGGUAUAUCUAUGCAUUGAUCACAUGGUGCAAGUUUGCAUUUUUUAAAAAUUGAUGACGUGAAUUUUCAUGCUCAAAUAAUAAUGAUAAUAAAAUACUGUUACAAUGUA